AUGUCUAUAGUCAUGAAGUCAUUCGAGCGCCUGGUCCUCCCCCAUCUCAAGUCCUUCACCUCCCCCUUCCAGGACCCUCUGCAGUUCGCUUACAGAGCCAACAGGUCUGUUGACGACGCUAUCAACCUGGCCCGCCCCUUCAUCCUGCAGCAUCUUGACUCCCCGGGAACCUAUGCUAGGAUCCUGUUCGUGGACUUCAGCUGGGGAUUAAUAAUGGACCAGAGGCAGUGUGUGCAGCUGGAGAAGAAUAUCUCCGGCUGUGUACUUUCUCUUCUGCUCUUCUCCCUGUACACCAACUGCUGCACCUCCAGCCAUGACUCUGUUAAACUGAUUAAGUUUGCGGACGAAACCACCCUCAUCGGGCUCAUCUCUAAUGAUGAUGAGUCUUCCUACAGCAGGGAGGUGGACCGGCUGGUGUCUUGGUGCAGCAUCAACAAACUGUAUCUGAAUACCCAGAAGAAAGCGGAGAUUGGACUCUGUCCGUUUCCUCUGCUCCACCAUCACUCAGGACCUCCAGUGGGAGCCGUCCAUCAGCAGAAAUGCAUCAAAAAGACCCAGAAGAGGAUGUACUUCCAGCGGCAGUUGAAGAGAGUCAAGCUGCCGGCCCAGAUGAUGGUGGAGUUCUAUACGGCCAUCAUAGAAUCCAUCAUCACCUCCUCCACCACCGUGUGGUAUGCUGGAGCCAUAACCAGGGACAUAGACAGACUGCAGCCUGCAUUCUUUCCUGUGAAGCCGGUGUCUGUCCCUAAAUCAGCUCAGCCUGAGGAAAUCAAACCCUUGGGAAAGGGAAAACAAAGUGCAACUGCUUUGUAUGAGCCAACUUCAACCUCUGAGUCGACCUCAGUGGAGAACGCAGAAGCACUUCAAGUAGAGAACACUGCUCUGAAAAGUGAAGUAAAGCGUCUGAAGGAGCUUCUCCAGCAGAAAGAUCAGAAGCUGGCGGAUGCUGCUCUCAAAGCUGAUCACUUUGAAGAACAGAUGAGCCACAAGACAGAACUUUUAGCAAAAGAGCGUCUUCUAAAUGACCAUCAGCUGGCAUUAACAGAAGCCAAAAACCAUCUGGCUAAAGAAAGAGAAGAAAACACCUCCCUCAAGCAACAAAUGGCUGAACUAAGAAAAGCUCAUGAGGAGGAUAAGGCCGCAACUGAAAAGAACUUUCUGGAGGCGCUCUCCAAUAAUGCGAAGAGCAUGGAACAGUUAAGAGAAACCAUCACAGAAAAAGAGACCAUCAUGAGCAAAUUUGAAAAGGUCUCCAGGACAAGGAUCGUAAAACUACUAGGUCAGAUCGACGACCUAAAAAUGGAGCAACGGAAGAAAGAUUAUAUGCUGCGGGAAGCUGCUCGGAAAGCCGAUGAGUUGGAAGAAGAGAUGAGCCAAGAAAGACAGCAAUGGCAGGAAGAAAAGUCCUCUGUCUUCCAAGAAAUGGCUCAGCUAAAGACAGCUCAGGAGGACAAGGAGUCCCAGGUGACUGAGUCUAAAAGAGUCUCCAAGAAAAAGAUGGUCCAACUACUCCGUCAGAUGCACGACCUAAAAGUGCAGCAUGAGCAGGAACAUUUGGACCUCACCAGCAAAUGGGAAAUGGAGAAAGAGUGUCUUCUAAAUUACCAUCAGCUGACAUUAACAGAAGCACUAACUCAGCUGGCUAAAGAAAGAGAAGAAAACACCUCCAUCAAGCAAGAAAUGGCUGAACUAAGAAAAGCUCAUGAGGAGGAUAAGGCCGCAACUGAAAAGAACUUUUUGGAAUUGCGCUCCAAUAAUGAGAAGAGCAUGGAACAGUUAAAAGAAACCAUCAGAGAAAAAGAUGUGAUCUUAAGCAAUUCUGUAAGGGUCUCCAAGAAAAAGAUCGUCCAGCUCCAAAAUCAGAUUGAGGGUCUAGAAAGGAAGCAACAGCAGGAACGUUUGGAGCUUACCAGAAAUUUGGAAAAGGAGAAAGGGGAUCUUCAAUAUCACUAUGCUAUGAUGUUGGAGACAGAACAAGAUCAGAUGGAUGAAGACAGAGAAGCAUGGAAGAGGGAAAAGGACUCCAUGCUGGAAAAAAUAGCUGAAUUAGAAAGAAAAUGUGAGGAGCAGAAGGCAGCCUGUUACCAAAGUGAAAAGAACAUUUCAGAAUUGCUCUCCAAUAACAAGAAGGCCAUGGGAAAAUUAAAAGAAACCAUCAAAGAAAAAGAUGCUGUCAUAAGCAAUUCUAAGGUCAUCUUGAGGGAAAAGCUGGAGCAAAAAGACCAACAGCUUGAGACGGUAAAAAAGGCCUCUGACAAGAAGAAUUUGGACCUCAGCAUGAAAUUACACCAAGUGGAAGAAGAGCUUAAACAAGAGAGGGUCAAAACAAAUCAAGCCAGACAGAGCUUUGACCUGGAGGUAGAGGAGUCCACCAAAUUAAGAGCUGCUUUGGUCCAGAAAGAACUGGAAGGCCAGCAGCAGCUGGAAGAAGAGAGACAACAGCUGGAAGAAGAAAAGUCCACUCUUUCACAACAAAUCGCUCACCUAAAGAAAGUUGUCAAGAAGAAAAAGACCAUCAUCAGAAAAACUCAAGAGGAUUUCCAGCUCCAAGUUCAUCAACUACAGCAGCAGGUGGAUGAGCUGAAAGAGAAGACUCCAAAGAAAAAUGUUGGUCGGAGGUUCCUGAACCUGUUUAGAAGAUCUAGAAAAAAAGACUAAGUGGACCCCCCACCACAGCUCUGGCGAGAGAGCCUUCUACCCCCCACCCCCACCACACCACCACAACCCUGAAACGACCGUGGUGCAGCAGUAGGGCGGUCGACC